AUGGAACUCUACAAUCGGAGACUGCUCCUGCUGAACGAAGAUGAGCCCUCCUCCAACGACGCCUCUUCACCACCAAGGUUAACGGCCGCGCCACUGUCGGCUUCAUUGUUCGUAACACCUUUGAAACUAUCAGCGCCUGUAACCUUCAAUUCUGAAGUCGCUUGCAUCGUCAUCAUCGUCCUGCUCUUAAUAGCCUUCAUCGUUCUGUUCAUGCGACGGUUUGCCGACCACUCCCCCGCGCCCGCCCGCUACUUGCCAUCGGCGUCCUCUAAUUAUUAUUCUCCAUCAUCCUCGUGCGGUGGUCUCGACCAAACCACCGUCCAGUCCUUGCCGGGGUUUCGGUACAACGCAGAGGCAAAAAACCAGGAGGACUGCGCCAUCUGCCUCAGCGAAUUCGAGAUCGGUGAGACCGUUAAGAUGGUUCCCAACUGUAAGCACGUGUUCCACCAGCAAUGCAUCGACAGAUGGCUAUCCUCGCACGUGACAUGCCCGAUUUGUCGGGGAACAAAAUUUUUUGUUGGGGAACAACAGCAGGCAGAGUCGGCUAAGGCGCAGCCAACUAGCGAUCAGGUCGUUGGACGUCGACACGUAGCAUCGACUGUCGAGAAUGGUGAAACGUGGCGACAAGGUAGUGCAAUGGGGACAUGCAGCCGGAGACGGAGCCGUAGUUGCUCAAGCUUUAGAGAUACGGUGGUUUUGCGAAGAACGUUAAGCUAUUGA